CACACAUUUUUAGAUGUCAAAUCCUAUUCACUUAAUGGCUAAAAUUCGGAGUAAGAAAUUGGAAAUAAUUUAGAAAAGCCCCAACGGUGGUGAUCACUUACACACCUACUCAAAACGACCGCUCGAAAAUAAAAGAAACAACCAAAUUUCAUAUAUCUUUUAAAAUACUAAAAUGCUAAGAUCCUUCAUGAUAUUUUGGCAACUGUUGUGGCUACUAAAGAUUUACCAUUAUUUGGAACUUAAAGUGUUGCAUACCUAAAGGGGCCAAUAAUAAUACUCCACAACAAAGUGCAGGAAAAGUGAAAAAAUAUCCUUACCGAAGUGAAGUGAAGUGAAUUGAGAGUGAGCGAUUGUCUUCGGAGAACAGCAGGUUUUCAUAAACCACUGAAGCCUGGUUGGGCAGUUGUCUUUGUUUGCCGCUGCCAAUAUGGCUUCAGAGACCUCGUCGUCCUGCAGUGGAUUUUUCCAGGAUCAUGGCAGUACAGCAGCUCUAAAUCAAUACUUUCAGCAUUUAAAUUCUCAAGCGGUGGCCGCCGCUGCAGCGGCCGGAAAUUGUGGCAGUAGCGAUAGUGGCAACGAUAAUACUCGCAGCAGCAUGACCAGCAAUGAAUCAUCCAAAUCAUCGGCCGGUAAUAUGGGAAACUCAAGAAAUAGUGGGGCUGGUAGCGGUGGUGGUGGGGCAAAUAAUAACAGCAACAAUAACAGCGGACAAUGGCAGAAUAUGCAAAGCCAGCAACAGCAACAACAUCAGCAGCAACAGCAACAACACCAGCAAAAUUUGCAGCAUCAUCAGCAACAGCAGCAACAUCAUUCACAUCAGCAGCAGCAGCAACAACAGCAUCACCAACAACAGCAGCAGCAACAUCAUUCACACCAGCAAAGUCAGCAACAGCAGCACCAGCAACAACAACAACAACAAAGUCAGCACCAUCAUCAACAACAGCAACAGCAUUUACAUAGCCAAACAUUAGCCAAUAAUCAUCAACAGCAACAGCUGCACCUACAGCACCAACAACAUCAGCAGCAGCAACAACAGCAUCAACAGCACCAACAACAACAACAACAGCAUCAAAAUCAUCAACUAACCACAGCCCUUAGUCAAACAUUACAACAAAAUCUAGCCGCUAACAACUCGAACGCCAAUGCUGCUGCAGCCGCUGCCGCUGCUGCUGCUGCGGCCGCCGUAGCCACCAAUCCACAUUCCAUAUUCGGUACCGGUAAUUUCCAUUACAAAACCAACAAUUCGUGGUCCAUACCCUCACUGUCCUGCUAUCAGCGACUCUACAAUGAAAAUGCUCAUUAUCAACGCAACUAUAGCUCGUCAAGCACCAACAAUAGUUCUGGCAAUAAUUCCAGUGAUGGUGGUGCCAGUGCAAUGGCACAAUGUGGCAACAAUGCUGGUGGUGGCAGUGGUGGUGGUAGUGGUGGCAACAAUAACAAUACCGCCUCCAGUAAUGCAAGUAAUAACACAAAUAGUUUUGGCGAUAACUCCUCCUCGACUGCGGCCAACAGUGCGGUGCAACAAGUGGCAAAUGCUGUGGCAGCCGCAGUCAUAGCCAGUGAGCAUCAGAAUCACUUGAACAAUUUGAAAUCGCGUUUUCAACCAACGACAACAGGCAGGAAAUCUCCAUUUUUGGGGUUCAUUUGCAAAACAAACGGUAAAUCCACAUCGAAUAGCAAAGAGGUAAUUUGUCCCGAUGACAAAUACAAAGAAGAAGGUGAUCUCUGGAAUGUUGAGGCUCAGGCCGCCUUUUUGGGUCCCAAUCUGUGGGAGAAGACUCUACCAUACGAUGCCGAUCUUAAGGUAACACAAUAUGCCGAUUUAGAUGAAUUUUUAUCGGAAAACAAUAUACCUGAUGGCUUGCCUGGAACCCAUUUGGGUCAUUCGAGUGGUUUGGGUCAUCGUUCAGAUUCCCUAAGUCAUGCAGCUGGUCUGUCCCUGGGACUCGGACACAUAACAACAAAACGUGAACGAUCACCGUCGCCCUCAGAUUGUAUAAGUCCGGAUACGUUAAAUCCCCCAUCACCAGCUGAGUCAAUAUUUGAUAUUCCAGCAUUUUCCUUUGCAUCAUCGGGGCGAGAUUUCGAUCCGCGCACUAGAGCAUUUUCCGAUGAAGAGCUCAAACCGCAACCCAUGAUCAAAAAAUCACGCAAACAAUUUGUUCCAGAUGAACUCAAGGAUGACAAAUACUGGGCACGCCGACGAAAGAACAACAUUGCCGCCAAACGUUCCCGGGAUGCACGCCGUCAAAAGGAAAAUCAAAUUGCCAUGCGGGCGCGAUAUUUGGAAAAGGAGAAUGCAACAUUACACCAAGAGGUGGAGCAGCUUAAACAGGAGAACAUGGACUUGCGUGCACGUCUCUCUAAAUUCCAGGAUGUGUAAUGCUGAAUUUUCAUUUUUUUCUUUUUUGGAACACGGUUUACAUAAACACUAUAAAUGUAUACAAUAACUUCUUUUCUGUCUGGACUUAACAAAAAAAACAAAAAUAAAACAUCAACAACAACAACAACAAUUUGUAGUAAUUGCAAAAUACAACAACAACCAACCAACCAACAAACAAACAACACCACCUGCGUUUUUUUGAAAGAAAAAAAAAUAUUUUUGAAAGAGAAAAUAAAAAAUAACAACAACGUCUUUUGAUUAUUAUUAUUAUUAUUACUAUUAUUAUUAUUUAAAUAUUAAUUUGAUAAAAAACAAACAAACCAACAUCCACAAUAUAAGGAAAUUGUUAUUGAUUAAUUAUAUAUUUAAAAAAAAAUACACACCUCCACAAACACAAAGAACAUUUUAUUUUAAAUUAAAAAAAAAAAAAACAAAAACCACUACCAACUCUAACAAAAUCAACAACUACAUUUUUAGGUUCACUUAACUAAAAGUUCUCUUUGCUUUAUACAUACAUAUAUAAAUAUAAUUUGUUUUGUAUUCUAUUAUUCUUAUUUUUAAUUCUUUUUUUUUUGUAAAAUAUAAAUUUCAAUUUCAAUUUUUGAAAUUACCACUGAAAUAUAGCUACAUUUAUAAAUAGUAUACAUACAUCUAAAAACAAAAACAAGGCCCAAUACCAGCCUCCCCAUCCCAACCCUACCAAAUAACCUGUCCCUGUUAGCAUCCUGUUACUGUUACCCUGAUGAUCUACACCAUUGUGCCCCUUAACCUCCUGCAGCCAUGCCUCCCUUAAAAUUCUUAAACUAACAUUUAAAGUUAUUAUUAUUUAAAAAAAAAAAAAAUAAAAUAUCAUGAGUAUACCUUUUAAAGUAACAACAAGUCCAUUUCGAUAAAACAUAAAUGUUAUCGAAAACAUAAAAACAAUAUAUAUGAAAGUGAUUUUCAUAAUGCGAAAAAAAAUUUUAAUAUCUAAUAUUUUGUCACGUUGCAUAAAAAGAAGGCAGCAAUUUCGAUAAAUUUGUUUAAACACUGCUAUGUAAUCGAAAAGUUAUUUUUUUGUAUAAACAUUUUUUAUUGGUUUUUAAUUUUUAUAUGCAAAAAGUAAAAAAAAAAAUAAAAAGUUAUCAUUUUAUCGAUUUAUUUUAUUUAUAGAUUUUAU